AUGGAUCUUCAAGUGCCCUGCCUGAGUGGUGUGGACUAUGUGGCAACCGAGCGCAAGAAGAUGGCAGAAGACGUUGUGAAGUUUGCCGUCGACAUCUACGUGCACGGUUGCCUUACAAAGCCCGUUUACUAUCUGAGCGAGUGGGUGCCCCUCGUUGCCCAGAUGUGUCCCCAGGCCACUUUGUCCGACUCGCAGCGGCACGAUCUCAUAGCCCGCGUGCUCUUCGAGUCCGCAACCAAGUUCGGAGGAUUAGCUUUUAAGGCGCUUCAGUACGUGUCUCUGAGGACGGACAUCCCAUCUGGCUAUCGCCGCCACUUCUGUAAGGCGCUGGAAGAAGCAAGCUUUAUCAGUGAUCCGGAUGACAUCAAGCAGGCGCUGUCGUCCGUGGACUCGUCAUUGGGUGACCUGUCGGUCGGCGAGGUGUUGAAAUCAGGAAGCAUGGCUUCAGUCCAUGAAGCGUGGCUUGAUGGCAAGCCUGCGGUGUGCAAGCUGCUCCACCAGAAGGUGUGUCAGACCUACAAAGACGACCUUGACAUAAUGGUGCACAUUGCCAAAGAAGUGAACAAGGAGGAGCUGGCAAGAGGCAUAUAUCCAUUGUUGUCUGGGUUGGCCGAGAAGUUGGAGACUGUGCUGUCAGGGGAGACAGACAUGAGGAAGGAGGCGAAGAACCAAGGCUUUGUACGGCAGCACUUCGCGGGUUCGAGCAUUGUUGUGCCGGAGGUCUAUGAAAGCACGGAGCAAGUGCUUCUCAUGGAGAAGCUGGAUGGCAUUACCGGCUACGAAGCUGAGCAAAAAUGGGCAGAGGGCAAGGUGGUGGAUGUCUUCGGCCAGGAUCAACGUGUGCUCCUGUACUCGGCUUGGGGAGCCAUGCUGGCUGGAGAAACCUUGGUCCAUGCAGAUGCUCACCCGGGAAACUUCAUGGCAUGGGAACGUGGAGCGGUGGCUUUGCUCGACUUUGGCCAAUGCUUCGCCAGCAGCGAUGCGCAGGUGAAGAAGUUCAUGCGCUUUUUGGGGAACUUCCCAAGCUGUGCGGAUCCAAAUCAAGACGUCAAGAUCCUCGAAUCGCUACGGAAUUUGGGUGUCGAGGUUGAGACGAGCAAAGCGGUCACCGCUGCCCGCAUUCUCUUUUUGGGCAUGGAGGGUAAGAUGUUUGCGGACAUCGGCUCCAUUGACCCCGAGGUCGUUGGCUUGGUUUUGAUUUGCCAGGCUUUGUCGAGAUUCGAGGUGUCGGCCUCCGGUGGGCGUCAAAAAGUGGGGCUGAGUGACAAAUGCGAUCACCAUCGGGUGCUGAAGACCUUCAAGCAAGUGGCCAAGGUGGAGGGCUUGUGCUGCAAGUUCACUUGGGGCAGCUUGCAGGGCCAGGGCACGGUCACCUUCACGCCCGACUGCCUCAUGCUGGAGUUCCCCGGACCGCGCACCAACGAAGCCACGAAGGGACGCUCCGAGACACAGGUGGUCGAGGUCCCUCUCGGCCGGGUUGAGAACGCAAGUGCUGCCGUCUCCGGGGGCUUCCCUUUGCAUCUCUCAGUCACCUCGGAGCAGUCGGAACAGUUUGGGCCAACCAUCUUGAAAAUCAACUACCUCGAGGGGGAGAAGGCAAAGAGCGAGGAGAUCCUUCGAUUUCUGGGCGAGCUCUUCCCAGGUGGCUCGGACGCUUAG